AUGUUCGGCAGGAUCUUCAUCCCCAAGAAGCACCGCCAGCGCUUCGACCAGGCCGUCUCCCAGAACCUCAUCCAGCGCAUGUGCCGCAGCAAGAGCAUCAGCGAGCCGCAGGGACGCCUGCGCCGCAGCCGCAGCGAGGACCACCCCGACCGCCACCGCGGCUCCAAGAGGGCCAGCUCCGUCCCCCGCGAACCCGCUGAGCACGUGGCCGGCGGGGACAGGGAGAGGGACCGGGACCGGGAUCGAGACCGGGAUCGGGAUCGGGACCGGGACCGGGACCGGGAGAGGGAGAGGGACCGCGACCGGGACAGGGACAGGAACCGGGACAGGGACCGGGACCGGGACCGGUCGAGGGACCGGGAGAGGGAGAGGGGAGCCAGGAAGUCUGUGAUAUCAGUGCAUCCAGGGCCGGGAGCCAAUCAGAGGACUUUGCGGGUCUACCGGGGGAAGAAGAGCUUUGGUUUCACCCUGCGUGGUCAUGCUCCCGUCAGCAUCGACUCUGUUAUCCCAGACAGCCCGGCUCAGGAAUGCGGCCUGAAGCCAGGAGAUCGCAUCCUCUUCCUCAACGGGCUGGACAUGAGGAACUGCUCCCAUGAGAAGGUGGUGUCCAUGCUGCAGGGCAGCGGGGCCAUGCCCACCCUAGUGGUGGAGGACGGCCCCGCUGACUACUGCUACUCGGACCACAGCGACCCCGAGGACUCCGGGGGGUCCAUGCUGGCCCCCACUGCCGUGCCACGCUCCAGUUCCCCGGCCCUCAGCUCUCUGCAGUGGGUAGCGGAGAUCCUGCCCCCCAGCAUCAAGGUGCACGGCCGCACCUUCAGCCAGCAGCUGGACCACCUUCUGACGGUCCAGGAGCGCUACGCCGUCUGCAAGGCCCUGGAGACGUUCUUCCAGCACAGGAACGUGGACACCCUGAUCGUCGACGUGUUCCCGGUGCUGGACACCCCGGCCAAGCAGCUCAUCUGGCAGUUCAUCUACCAGCUGCUGACCUACGAGGAGCAGGAGCGCUGCCAGAGCAAGAUCUCACGCUUCCUGGGCUUCAAGAGCGCAGCGGCGGUGGAGCCUGAGCCUUUGGUGACGGAGCACCACCGUAGGAGCAGCUCAGUGCGUGUGCGCAGCACGUCGUACCGCAGCAGCAUGCAGGAGAGGAGCUCCGACGACUGCAUCAUCGGAACCCACCUGGGGAUGGGGAUUCAUGUCGAAGCGCCCGACAGCCCCGAGGAGAGGGAGUGCGGAGACGGGACCUCGUUCCCAGAGUCCCCCGACAUGAAAAACAUGUCAGGCCUGUACACGGAGCUGGGCAACGUGUACGCCGCCAAGAGCGCCUCGCCCCCGCACGGGCGGGGCCAGGCCGAGCCCUACCGAGGGCGCUCGCUCUCCCCCCUCACCCUCCCCCCGCUGACAGGGAGCCACACCAAGUCGGGCCUGUCCCUGUCCUGGAAGGAGCCCCUGCCCACGCCCGUGUACGAGCUGUACCACCAGGGCAGCCAGGAGUCCAACCCCUACGUCAGCCUGGAGAGCCCCCCCGCCUCCCCCCACCCCUCCAACGGCAGCAGCGGGGGCCUCAGCCCGCUGGGCCGCCGCAAGAAGCUCUUCACCUUCUCCCGGCCGCCGCGCAGCCGCGACACCGACAAGUUCCUGGACGCGCUGAGCGAGCAGCUGGGCCACCGCGUCACCCUGGUGGACGAGGGCCUGCCCCCCCGCCGCGACAACGACUACGAGGAGAUGAGCUACCAGGAGGAGCAGGAGCCGUGCUUGGCGCCGCGCCAGCUGAGCAGCGACGGCAGCGACGGCCGCAGCAGCAGCGACGACAUCACCUCCUUCUCCUCGGGCUCCGAGCCCAUCCCCCCGCCCCCCUCCCAGAGCCCCCCGCCGCCGCCCUCCUUCGCGUCCCCCAUCCCGCCGCCCUUCCAGUUCACCGACCCGCACCCGACCGUGCGCUUCUCCCCGGAGCACAUCCCCCGCGCCCGCAUGGCCUUCCACCCCCAGCACCCCAUCAUCCCGCCGCCGCCGCCGCCCCCCAGGCUGCUGCUGUCGGGACGGCCCCGGCUCCACCAGGCCCCGCCCCCCAGGGAGGAGGAGGAGGAGCCGCCGCCGCCGGCGGGCAUGACCCACGACCCCCAGCGGUUCCAGGGCACCUUCGCCCGGAUCCCGCGCUCGGGGACCCAGACGCUGGCGGGCCGGCGGUCCCAGCCGUCCACCCGGACCCCCCACCUGCCGCGGCAGAUCAGCACGCCCCAGCCCCUGAGGCAGCCCUCGCCCCAGCCCUCGCCCCAGGUGCUGAGGCCCAGCCACCUGGUGCUGCAGCGGCACCACCAGCUGCACCACCAGCACAGCUACCAGGGCCCGCUGCCGCCCUCGGCCCAGGAGCCCGCCCCCCCCCACACCCAGAGCCACUCUCUGGGCCGCAGCCCCGCCACCGCCCACACCACCCGCACCACCCUGCUCACCCACAAGAGCUACGACGCCCCCCUGAUGGAGCUGCCCCCACAGAGGGUAGCCCCUCCCCCACCCCCCCCCCUGCCCCCCCUGCCCCCCUGCGAGCCCCCUCCCCUGCCCAGGGCCAGCCCCACCCCCUCAGAGUCCAACCACAUGAGCGUCAAAAGGCUGCGCUGGGAGCAGGUGGAGAAGUCUGAGGGCACCAUCUGGGGACAGCUUGGAGAGGACUCAGACUACGACAAGCUGAGUGACAUGGUGAAGUACUUGGACCUGGAGCUGCACUUUGGGACUCAGCGCAGAUCCAUGUCCCCCCCAGAGCCCACCUUCCUGCCUGAGAACUUUAAAAAGAAGGACGUGGUGGAGAUCCUGUCCCAUAAGAAGGCCUACAACGCCUCCAUCCUGAUCGCCCACCUGAAACUGUCCCCAGCCGAGCUCCGCCAGGUGCUGAUGACGGUGACCACGGAGCGUCUGGAGCCCGCCCACAUCAAGCAGCUGCUGCUGUACGCGCCCGACGAGGAGGAGGUGAAGCGCUACCGGCAGUUCGACCAGGACCCCACCAAGCUCAGCGAGCCCGACCAGUUCAUCUUCCAGAUGUUGAUGGUGCCAGAGUACAAGACGCGCCUGCGGAGCCUCCACUUUAAGACCACCCUAGCGGAGAAGACUGAGGAGAUCAAGGUGGCCUAUGAGUACAUCUACAAGGCCUCCACUGAGCUGAGGACCAGCAGGAAACUGGCCAAGAUCCUGGAGUUUGUGCUGGCAAUGGGGAACUACCUGAACAAUGGCCAGCCCAAGAACAGCCGUACCACGGGCUUCAAGAUCAUCUUCCUCACAGAGCUGAGUACGACCAAGACGGUGGACGGUAAAUCAACGUUUCUUCACAUCCUGGCCAAAUCUCUCUGCGAACACUUUCCAGAACUGCUCAACUUUGACAGAGACCUCACAACAGUGCCUCUGGCAGCCAAAGUCAAUCAGAGGGCGGUCACAUCGGAGCUGGUUGACCUCCACUCCACCAUACAGGACAUACGGACCGCCUGCGCAAAGAUCCCUGCCACCUCCGAGGACCACUUCGCCUCUGUCAUGAGCAGCUUCCUGGAGAACAGCCAUCCCGCGGUGCAGUCCCUGGACGCGCUGCAGCACCGCGCCAUGGAGGAGUUCUCCAAGGUGGCCUCCUACUUCGGGGAGGAGAGCAAGGCGACCAGCACCGAGGUCUUCUUCGGCAUCUUCACAGAGUUCAUGUCCAAGUUUGAGCGAGCCCUGGGCGAGACCAAGGCGUCCGAGAACCCCCGCAGCCCCCGGCUGGUCUCCCCUCUGGCGUGGUAGGACCCCCCCCUGAUCCCCCCCGACGGCCUCAUGGCUCCUAGCGCCCCGCCAUGUCGACGGCGACGCCCGUAAAAUCCCCCCUCUCACUUUGCUCUCUUCAACCAAAGUGCCAAGAUGACCCCCGGAUCACACCCCCACACGACCUCCACUGCCAGGGCUCAGACACCCCCACACCGCUCGCUAGAACUCCUAAGCCGCCCUGUUUAGAGAGAAGGGAAGUUUCAGGUCAAAGGUCAAAAGAGGGUCCAUUUAGGAGGAAACCGAGGGGCCAGUUCUACAUUGAUGCGCAUCACUGUGUAGAGAGUCGGGGGCCAGGGCACCUGGGUGCUGACUGCACUGCUCUCAACACACCGUCUGGGUGGCUGUUGGGAAGGAGUGACAGAGACGUAGGUCAUAGCAACGAGUGGUCUAAAUAUACAAUUAGAACUUUGUUUUAUGUUUGAUUAGACAGUUAAAAAAAAGAAAAAAAAAAGAAAUAUAUAUUUUCUAUCUGAACGGGUUCAAGAGUUGUAUAGAUUAAAAGGUUGAUAUAUAACAUAGAUAUAUGAUACAUGCCAGUUGAUUGUACUUAUGCAGAUAGCAACAGGCUAUACCAGGGUUUGGCAGAUUACAGUUAAAUACAGUUAUGUUCUCUCUUCCAGACCCCUAUAGAGGACUAUUUGAUUAUAUUGGUUGUAGAAAACAUUAUGUAGGCCUACAACAAUAUGCAAAAAUCUCUACAAAAUUAAAGUACACUGAUAUUUAAGGGGGUUUUAAAAAAUGCGAUAUCAGUGCAGGGUUAUCGUCAACAUGAAUGCCGUCCGUUGUUUGAAACAAACAAGUUCCAGAAGUUUGCUUAGUUCAAUGUUGCCGGCUUGUUACAAUAGACGUACCGUUAGUUAAACGGCGACUGUAAAUAGAUAUUUUCUGACGACUCCAUUUUCACAGAUUGAAUGACUCACAUACGAUGUAGCGAUGUUGCUAUGGUGUUUUUCUAAUGUUGGCGUUAUUGACGUUGAAUGUUCAUACAGUUUGCUAUGCAUUCUCUGUCUCUUUUUUGAUGAUAUGCUCUAUUUAUGCUGAGACUCCCGUGAGCACACACUUGAAGCGUUUGGUUAUUGCACAGCUUGAAUCAGGCUUUAGAGGUACCUGUGACCGUGUGUUCGAGUGUACGCUGGCUGCAGGACAGUGCACUACAGUGUUUCGUUGGUUUAUUUUUUUCAAAGUCAUUUGCAUGUUGUGGAAGUCAGUGUUGUAAUUUAUGUUAACAAAAAAAAUGCACAUCUGCUCUUGUUUAGUUUAAUUUUAUAGUUGUUUUAAAAUAAAAAAGAAAGUCUGUUUAAUGUUUACCGUA